UUACCACCAAAGCAUGAAAACACCAAUAAAGCUGACUUACCUGUUCUUGGUGUGGAUCUUAAUGAUCCCUUUUACCCUUAUAAGAAGUUAGGGCAGGUGAGAUCCACAGCUGCUUCAGAAUGUGGUAGCACCACAAGUUCAGUGGAGAUCAGUGAAUCAAUGAGAAAGUGGAAUGAGAUGAAGCAGAAUGGCUUUGUAUCCACUGUACAAGUAAAGGCAUCCAUUCCCAGGCUGAAGAAGUGCCAAUCUAGAAAGAAAAAGGAUGAGCUCAAGAAAAUUAUUCAUAUAACAAAGCAAGAACAAAUUAACAAGCAUAACAAUGUUACCGAUCCGAGCCAAUUUCUUUCUGGUCUAAACCCUGGGAUUAUCAAGCAUGUAAGAAAUAGCAAACAGGUGAACUCAAUCAUAAAGGCCAUGUUGCAGAAUGAGAUGCUUCAAAAACAAAAUAGGCAUAUUGGUCCGUUAAAAAGAGGAAGCAAGGAAGCUGUCAAUAAGCCACUAAUUCCUUCUUAUUACAACAGUACAUCAGAGUUCAACUCGGAAUGUGAUGAUGAUGAUGCUCUUACACUAAAACUUUCAUGUUCUGGAACAACUGCGCCAAAACCGGAAGACAUCACCUCUCUUUCAAUCAAAGGUGAUGCACUUUUAAGUUUCGUUUGGGAUGAAUUUCUUACUACUGGCUGGCAAGUCUUGAUUUAUGUUUUAGAACUUAGUAAAUUUUUAUUUUAUUAUGCUAUUGAUUUGUUAAUUAAGCCAUCUCUGUGGAUUGCUGCAGCAAUACAGCGUAGCAAAAAAAGAGUGAAAAAUGCUAUAGAGAUGGAGUUGCCACACCUAUUCUCAAGAGAUCUGCAUUCUAAACAGGAAAAUGAACUCUUAUUUGGUUACUUGUUGACUAGGUGCUCCCAGAAAGAAACUUUCAAUGUUCAUUUAGCUCGGUGGAAAGCUGUUUUCACUCAGAUGGAAGUGUCGUUGACUGAUGAGGAAAACCAACUUGAGAAGUGGCUUAGGCAGGUUGAAGAGCUCAAGUCACAAUGUCAAGAAGGGCUCAGAUAUGUUAAUACCAAUGGAUUCUUACAUUUUGAAGUGGCAAAUGAGAUAAGGCAAGUUAAAUUGCAGAUUAUUUUGAACAUACUAACCCUUGCUAUUUCACUUGCUUCCAGGAUUUUGAAGAGCCAAGAGGCUUUUGACAAGGAACUUGCAGUCAGGGCAGCUGCAGCUUCCAUAUACUCUACGUGCAACAUGAUCAUGACAGCAGAGAAUGUGCCAUGUUUCUAAAAUAAAUUUCCACCCAACUUACGGCAUUUUUUUCACAUUUUUCUUAGCCCCAAAGACCAGCUUCUCUAAUGGUCUCAUGUAAAUGUCAUUGAUCUGUGAGCUAACACCAUUCUGUUCCUUAUCACUCUGUAUCUACUUGUAUUACUACUGUAGUUCACUGAAGCAUAGAAUUUCUCUUCUUCAGAUUUAGAUGCCAAUGUAAUUUGCAAAUUGUUUGAUUUUAUAGAAUUCAGAAUCGUACGCAAGUGGAAUUUUAUUCAUGGAAAUAGUAUUCAAGUCAAAAAUGAAUUGCCAAACUCACUUUUUCAGUAAUGACUCUGAUAAAGCUAUAUGUUCA